CACGCCGCGACGGCUGGAGAGGGGACCGGAAGGGGAAAGCGGCGAAGAAGCAGCCGGACGGUGCGGCCUACUCCGCGGUCAACAUGGGGGGAGGCGACCUGAACCUCAAGAAAAGCUGGCACCCACAAACCCUGCGCAAUGUGGAGAAAGUUUGGAAGGCAGAACAGAAGCAUGAAGCCGAACGGAAGAAAAUCGAGGAGCUGCAGCGGGAGCUACAUGAAGAACGAGCGCGGGAGGAAAUGCAGCGCUAUGCGGAGGACGUGGGGGCUGUCAAGAAAAAAGAUGAGAAGCUGGAGUGGAUGUACCAAGGGCCAGGAGGCAUGGUGAACAGAGAUGAAUACCUCAUGGGUCGCCCAGUUGACAAAUACGUCUUUGAGACCAUGGAGGACAAGGAAACAGGCUGUUCUUCUGAGACCGGCCUUCUGCCAGGCUCUAUCUUUGCCCCCGCAGGUGCCAACUCUGCCUUGGAUAUGGCCAGCAAGAUCCGAGAAGACCCGCUGUUCAUGAUAAGGAAGAGGGAGGAAGAGAAGAAGCGUGAAGUUCUGAACAACCCUGUAAAAAUGAAGAAGAUCAAAGAGCUGUUGCAAAGCAGUUUGGAGAAGAAGAAGAAAAAGAAGAAGAAAGAUAAGAAAAAGAAGCACAAGAAACACAGGCACCACAGCCCCAGCAGCAGCGAAGACGAACAGGCGAAAGCCAAGUCACGGGAGAAAACGGACCGCUCUUCCUCGGAGCCUCUUCAUCCCAAAAUACCCGGGUAUGGCUUGCAGAUCCAAAACGCCGGCCGCGAGAGCACAUUUGGCCACAAGGUCCAACAGAGUUCCGGGUCAAAGAGCCGAGGCCUGUCGCCAGAGAGGACGUCUGGCAAGAAGAACGCUUACCAGGCAGAGCUGAGCAGCCACAGGAGGUCAAGGUCACCUAGACACAGUAAACACCACAACAUCAAGGAACAGAAGGCAAAAACGGGAGGCAGGAGUCCUUCGCCGAAGCAAGAAGUCUAUAGAAGACCACAGACCUCAAGGAGAAAACUCUCUGCGGAAGAGCUGGAGAGAAAACGUCGAGAAAUGAUGGACAAUGCCAAGUGGCGGGAAGAGGAGAGAGCGAAGAACGUGAACAGGCACAGAAAAGAAGAGGAGCGAGAGCUCACACGGGAUAAACUUGACAAUGGCAAUGGGAAGUUCAUACACCACAUAAAGCUUGAGAGCGCAUCAACCUCUUCCCUUGAAGACAGGGUCAAGAGGAACAUUCACUCCAUCCAAAGGACAGCGGCAGCCCUGGAAAAAAACUUCAUGCAGCGAUGAGACUUGCUUCCGUCUUCCUUCGCCGGGCCACUGGACCAGAUAGGGAAACCUUCGUAUAAACUCCACAGCUCAGGCCAGCCGUCCUCUCACUGUGUGAGAGGGCUUGUACCUGGACAUCCUGAGCAGGACGUUCCCUUUGAUGCUUUGCUAUAAG